AUGUCGAUCUUUCAACUUCUUACAACUUGGCAAUGGACCUUUUGGAUACUUUGGCUUCAUCGCUAUCUGCGGUUCAUUGGAAAUACCAUCAGCCAUUGGCUCUAUCGAUCCGUCCCAAUUCCAUCGAACCCAUCCUACACUGCCAGCGAUAUCACUGUCAUCAUUCCGACUAUUCAUAACAACUUUGAAGAGCUGAGAGAGUCUCUGCAAAGCAUUCUGGCUUGUCAUCCUAGCGAACUCCUCCUCGUUACCACUUCUGACAAGUAUCAACGCCUCCUGGAAUUUGUCAAGUCCUUGGAAGCUUCAAACAUCAGAGUGUAUCAUGUGCCAAUAGCAAACAAGCGCAUCCAAGUCUGCGAAGCAAUUCCCCGGGUGAAGACCUCUCUGAUCAUCAUGGCAGACGACGAUGUCACGUGGCCCAGAACAAUCUUACCGUGGCUCCUUGCCCCAUUUGAAGACUCCAGUAUUGGCGGCGUUGGUCCUUGUCAAAGGGUAAAGCGCCUUGGAAGGGCCAGUUUUACCGAGUAUAUAUUCAACUGGUUGGGGGCGGCCUACAUCGAACGGCGCAACUUUGAAAUAUCAGCCACGCAUGGCAUCGAUGGCGGCACUUCCUGCAUGUCUGGUCGCACGUGUGCAUUCCGUUCCGAGAUCUUGCAGAGUCCAUUAUUCCUGGAUGGCUUCAAGACCGAGAGAUGGGGGCAGUUUCAGUUGAAUGCUGACGACGACAAUUUUGUUACGCGUUGGCUGGUUUCUAAUCAGUGGAAAACAUGGAUUCAGUACAAUAAGGAUUGUGAAAUAGAGACAACCCUGGAAAACAACAUCAAGUUUUUGUAUCAGUGUUCUCGAUGGGCUCGGAGUAACUGGAGAAGUAAUUACACUAGUAUGGUCACAGAAAGACAUAUUUGGAAACAGCAAAGAUGGUCGACUUACGCUCUCCACUUGGCCACCUUCACCUCGCUGUCCUUUGCGUUCGAUCCCCUGAUUCUAUAUCUCGUUUUCAAAGCCACAUCAGGCUGGUCGCCAGAGCACCAGAAAUAUGCGUUUCUUGCCCAGAUUCUCUGGAUGUCUCUGAGCAAAGUCGUCAAGUUGAUUGGUUUGUUUGUGCGUAAUCCUUCCGACAUAUUCUACCUACCCUUUUCGAUCUUCUUUGGCUACUUCCACGGGUUCAUCAAACUUUAUGCCUUGUUAACGCUCCGUCAAACUUCUUGGGGGAGUCGCGCUGAUGGUGACACCAAUGACAACCAUCGCAUGAGUCCAAGAGCUCGUCGAAGCGAGAGUGUCACUUCACCCCCUGCAAGCCAUCCAGGUUUGGUUCGAUAUAAUGACGACAAAUCCUUCGCAAGUGAGAAGCUCUCCGACUCGGAUACCGACGGAUAUUCUUACAGUGACGACGAUUCUCUUCCAUCAGAGGGUGGCUUGGACUCCACAUCUGAUGAUUCUUACGACCUUAAUGACUCUAAUGAUUCUUGUUCGAGCUCUAUCUCGGAGCUGGCAACCCAGAAGCCUAAGGACGCUAGUGCAGCAUAA